CACAGCUGUUUUGGCGGCAUUCACGCCAAAGAAAAUACGCAACAAUUUUUAUCUCGUUUUUGUUAAGUGUUCCAAUUAUGUGAGUUGUUUUUCUGUUAAGUUUGCCGCGACGAUGACAAGCAUUAACAAUGCCACGGAGGACAAGAGUGCCAUCAACGAGGCGCUGCAAAGGCACUUUGGCCACAAAUCAUUCAAAUCGGAGCUGCAGCAGCAAGCCAUAAAAUGCGCUGUGAAGAAGAAGCAGGAUGUGUACGUGUCGAUGCCCACUGGGUCGGGCAAAUCGUUGUGCUUCCAGCUGCCCGGGCUAAUGUGUAAGGAUCAGUUGACGGUUGUCUUUUCGCCGCUGCUGGCGCUGAUCAAGGAUCAAAUCGAUCAUUUGGCCAAGCUCAAAGUGCCCGCCGACUCCCUAAACUCCAAAAUGAGCAGCAAGGAGCGUGAGCGUGUCAUCACAGAUCUGCGUGCCAUCAAGACAAACAUCAGGUUUCUGUAUAUAACACCAGAGCAGGCGGCCACAAAAUUCUUUCAGGAUCUGCUCCAUUCGCUGCACAAGCACAAAAAGUUGGCCUACUUCGCCGUGGAUGAGGCACAUUGUGUCUCCCAGUGGGGCCACGACUUCCGGCCCGACUAUCUCAAGCUGGGCGAACUGCGUGCCAAAUAUCCGGAUGUCGUCUGGCUGGCACUGACGGCGACUGCAUCGCGGGAGGUGCGCGAGGAUAUCUACAAGCAGCUGAAACUGCGCCAGCCUGUGGCCCAAUUCAGCACGCCCAGCUUCCGUUCGAAUCUCUACUAUGACAUUGUGUACAAGAACUCCAUUGAGGAUGAUUUCCAGCAUCUGGCCGCCUUUGCCCAGCACUGUCUGGGCGAUGAGGAGCAGUUCAAGGCGUUGCCCAAACCAAAACGUGGCUGUGGCAUCAUCUACUGUCGCACCCGGGAUCAGGUUGAGCGUGUCGCGGUGGGCGUCUCCAAGCAGGGCAUCGCCGCCAUUGCCUAUCAUGCUGGCUUGAAGACCGCGGACCGGGUGGAGGUGCAGGAAGCAUGGAUGCGCGGCGAUAAGGCCAUCAUUUGUGCCACAAACAGUUUCGGCAUGGGCGUGGACAAGCCCAGCGUACGCUUCGUCAUCCACUGGGAUGUGCCGCAGAAUGUGGCCGCCUAUUACCAGGAAUCGGGUCGUGCCGGUCGCGAUAAUCUCCCCUCCUAUUGCCGGCUCUACUAUGGACGCGAGGAUGUGCGCUCCAUACGCUUUCUACUCCAACAUGAUGCACAGCGUGCCCGGGGGCGUGGCGAUCGUGAAAUGCUCACGGAGCGUGCGCUGCGCCAAUUCGAGCGCAUCGUCGACUUCUGUGAGCAGACACGCUGCCGCCACAAACUGUUUGCCGACUAUUUUGGGGAUCCGGCGCCCGACUGCCGCGGCCAGUGCGAUGUGUGCAAGCGGCCCAAGCAGGCGACCAAAGCGCUGGAGAUGUUCCAGCGCCUCUGCAUGGACGCCACAUUCAAGUCAAGCAUCUCGCUGCAGGAUUGCGCCGAUCUCUACGAGGGUGGUCGGGCGGGCAGCAAACGUGCUGCUCAGGAUUAUGGCAGCGAGGAUUCGGAUCACGAGUCGGGUCAGAGUCAUGCGGUGCUCGCGAAGCGUGUGAAAAAGGAAUCCGAGGACUUUAUACGCGAACAGUUCAAGUUGCGCAAACAACUGAGUGCUGCCCGCCAGCUGGAGCAGGAGACAGCCACACAGAUUGCCCGAGUGCGUCACGCCCAGUCCACCGACUCCAAAGUAGCCGGCUUGCAGCACACGCAACGCGAGAAGUUUCUGGACGCGCUCAUCGAUGCCCUCAAAGCCAAUGUGAAAAAAUGUGCCAGCGAUGCGAAGGAGGAGCAGCAGCAGCAGCAGCCACGCAGUGUCCUGCGGCACAACGACUACGAGGCCAUCGCUGUCGAUCUGGAGUACGAGGUGUUCCGCCAGCAGCGUGUCGUCCAACUGUAUCGCCAUGCGUUAGCCAAACAGUUGGCCAGCAUUAAGAAGCUCACUGCCGAGACGAGAUUAAUGCCAAUCCUUUUGGACUAUGUGCCGCGACCGGAGACGAGCGCCAAGGGCGCCUGGACGGGCGGCAGUGUGGCGUAUUUUGAGCGAAAGCUGAAGGAGCUGGAUGAGCAGAAGCCACACUCAAUAAAGGAGCCACCCAAAGCUAUACGUGAACGGAAAGGUUUCAAACAGGAGCAGAGCAAACAAACCUCCAUUGCCAGUUUUCUUGUCAAAGUCAAGAAGGAGGUGCAGGAGGAGUGCAAGGAGGAAAGCAAGGAGGAAAGCAAGGAGGAGCAACCAAACGACUCACUUGUGGCAGUUAAAAUCGAACCAGCUGAGGAGGCGGAGGAGGCUAAAGAUGAAGACGAGACAAAGUCCAGUGAAACAGCAGUCGAAGAGCCAAAGGAAAAACAGCUGAGUGAAGAGGAAGACGAGCCCACCCAAACAAAAGAGGAUCAAUUGGAGCUGGAGUUCGGCGAGAGAAAAUACAGACUAAUGCCAAAUGGCGAUGGCAGCUACGAUAUGCAUCGCAAGGCGCGCGUCUCCCGCUUGGAGAGGCAGGAGACGCAAAAGAAGCCAGCAAACUCCACAGCCAGUUUCAAAUUCAAUUCAGAAACUGAAACUGAAACGGAAACGGAAAGGGAAAAGGAAAAAGACACAGAGACAGAAGCGAGUAUGAAUUCAUUUGGUUUCACAACAGCUCGCCAAAUGUUGGCGGACAAGAAGCCAGCGGCAGAGUCGGAUGAGGAGCAGACAAAGGCGAAGAAACAAGGUGACCUGAAACAGGAGUCAGUUUUGAAGAUAUUCAAACCUGUACAACAAUUGCUGGGGCCGAAGAGUCCAGAAGUGAAGCCAAAAGAUGAGUCGCCAGAGAUUAGCAAAGAGCAGAAGCCUCGAGAUGAGCAGCCGAAGGAGAAAUCAGAGAUCAGCAAAGAGCCGACUAAGCCACAGAAGCCUCGAGAUGAGCAGCCAAAAGAGCAAUCAGAGAUCAGCAAAGAGCCGACUAAGCCACAGAAACCUCGAAAUGAGCAACCGAAGGACAAAUCAGAGGUCAGCAAAGAGCCGACUAAGCCACAGAAACCUCGAGAUGAGCAGUCGAAGGAGAAGUCAGAGAUCAGCAAAGAGCCGACUAAGCCACAGAAGCCUCGAGAUGAGCAGCCAAAGGAGAAGUCAGAGAUCAGCAAAGAGCCGACUAAGCCACCAAAGGAGAAGUCAGCCGCGUUGCUGGAGAAAAUGGAGAAGGACAAAAAGAAGGAGAAGGAGAAGAAGAAGCCGCCGGUGAAUCAGCAAAAGAACGAUGUCAGCAAGGCGGUGGUGCAGUUGCUAAAUCCCUACUACAAGCGCAAAAUAGCCACCAAAGAACUAUUCAAAGCGCUCGCCAAACUCAUCACGCAACGCAUCUGCGACGGCAACCUGGGUGAUGGCGAUGUGUGUAAAUGUUACAUCCGGAAGACAUUUCACAGCCUCAAAAUGAUUGAGAGCGAUCAGGAUAUUGAGAAAUACUUUACCAUCGCUAUCAAAUGAGUUGAAUUCUCAAUCUCAACGUGUUGUUUUUAUAUACAUAUGUCCUCCAUUUUUUGUAUUAUCCUUCAUCAUUUGGUGUUGUAAAUAUCGCGUAUCAUUUAAAAAACAAAAAAACAGCUCACAAAAACAUUUUGAAAAUUGUUGUUGCUUGCAUUUGCAAGCCUAGUUUUGAUCGUAUUAAAGAUCGUUAUAAAAGGCAUAUUUAAACAAAUAAAAUGUUUUGCUAAUAAUAAUAAUAUGUCAUCCUUCAACAAAUGAAAUCCAUCCUGUUUGAUAUAUUUAACAAAAAAAAUAAAACAUUAACUCACAUAUUUUUGAAGAUCGUUUGUUCUUUUAGU